UAGAAAAGGAUAUUCCUUCUGUCCUCUUCGAUUUUAUUUUUCUUCCCCAAAUCUCUUGCACCCUCAAGAACCGGAAGAAAGACCCCAACCAAUUCCCAGUAGCAAUGCCCCACGUACUCCUCCUCCACCACCUCCCGAUCACAACCGUCCAUCUCAGACCAUGUUCUUUCCCCACCCCAAAACCGACGGCCCAUUUUCGCCUACGCCCCAACCUCACAACAGGCGCAACCAUAAAGUGCAUGGCCAAUCCUAGGAGAGUUCAAAUGGUUGCGAAACAGAUCAGGAGAGAGCUUUCCGACAUGCUCUUAACUGACAAAGUGUUGCAAUACGCUGUCUUGCCCGAAGCCUCCUUGGGAGCUGACCGCUACCUCUCUUCCCUUACUACCAUAAGUGAUGUUAAAGUUUCAGCUGAUUUACAGGUUGUUAAAGUAUAUGUAUCUGUUUUUGGUGAUGAGAGAGGGAAGGAUGUUGCACUUGCCGGGUUGAAGUCAAAAGCUAAAUAUGUUAGAAGUGAGCUGGGGAAGCGUAUCAAGUUGCGGCUUACGCCAGAGAUACGCUUUAUUGAAGAUGAAUCUCUGGAGAGGGCAAGCAGGGUAAUUGCUAUAUUAGAUAAAAUAAAGGCUGAGAAAAAGACUGCAGCAGAUGAAGAUGAAGAAGAAUUUGAAUCAUCUGAUUCACCUCAAGAUGACAAUGACUGGGAGGGUGAUGACCCUGAUGAAGAUAUCAUUUAUGUAAAGUAGUUGCCUUGUCAUUUACUCAGAGCAUUUCCUGAUGAGAGGAUGAAGUUGUUGUUGUUACAUCUUUAUAGGUUUCUUGAUGGCUUAGGGAAGAUAAUAAGAUGAUCAGACUUAUCUCUAAACAUCCCCAUAUACAAUGAGAUUGUACAAUAGUUACCAUUCAACAACACAUAGCCUAGGCAUAUUUUCCAUUUUGCAUAACUACUUUACUGUAGGUUUAUGAAACAGUAUUUGUUUGAAACAUUUGUUUGUGUUGCAGCAAGUCUUCUCAAUUGAUGCCACUGCCAUAAUCUGAAGCAUCUAUUCAUCCAAAGUCAUUCUACAUGAAUCUAUCCAAAAUUUUGCCUUGUUUCACAUUUAAGCUCUUGUGUAGUGAUCAAUUUAUUAACACUAAAUGCUAGUCUAGAUCGGACAAUUCUGGAUGUUGAGCGCACAAAACUGAUAAGUUACAAAUUAACUUAUUAUUUAAAUAUGUUUUUGCUCAAGGAUCAUUUCUUUCAUGCCUUGCUUAAUUGCUUUAUCAUAGGCUUGGAGUUGUAGUUUUGUUAACGGAAGCACUUCUUUGCCUACUUUUCGAUCAGGAGCAAGGCAUUCUUUUGAAACUAGCUUUACAUGGUACAAGAAUAAUGGCUAGAGACAAGAUUUAGGCCAAUGGACU